CUUCUCUGCGCCCCCGGAAGUGGGAGAGUGCUCUGUGCAGCCGGGGGAAAAAAAAACGGCUGCUACCGUUGACAGCUCGGCACACGACGUCAGGGAGCACGGUGGUCAUCUUUAGCGACGUCCUACGUGUCAUCGACAGCAGUAGCUCUCUAGCUUAGAUAGCAGGUGAACCCGGAAAAUUUACAUGUGUGCGUCGCUCCAGACUACCUGCAUUUUUCUGACUAUGCUAAAUUAGCUAGGUAUGCUAACUCGCCGUGCUAAUAAGCUUAUGGCGAGCUAGUAACUUGGUGUUAGCUGGCUAGCUGGCUGGGAUCCUCCCUGCUCUGUUGGUUAGCCAGCGGUAGCGACAGAGCAAACUUCCUUCACUGUCAGCUGUUGAUAAAAGCCAAAAAAAAAUCCUCUUCAUUCGUAUUAUGGCUUUACCAGACAACGAAAAAUGUGCUGUUAUGUCUGUUUAACAUUUGUUUACUGAACAGACCUCACUUUUCUUGGCCAACUGACAUUUUGGUGCUGUUACCAGGGAGGCUCAGCUGUAGCUCGCUGCAUCUUUUGUUUACAAGGAUAGCGGGUCACCUGAUGUGGUGCUCGUAGCAAGGCAGCGGCGCAGAGAUGGACAUGUUGCUGGGAGGCAGCUAACAGAAGCAGCCUUUAGCUAGAGCUUAACAAUAGCUAACUAUUUUGGUGAAGAGCCAAAAUGAGGAUCAGGGUUCUGAAGGAGGAGAGCUGUUCCUGCUGGACUGUCUGAUUUUGUGUGGACGCCGGGCCAAAGACAGACAGGGUUUUGCUUAUCCGUGCAAAAGCCAAACCAAGGGUGAGGUUACAUGGGAAGAAGAGACAAAAAGCUUUACUGGGAACUGGGCAACCCUCCUGGCACUGGAAUGAUGUUGAAGACUAUACUCAUCACCAGUCUUCUGGGCUGGGCGAGGUGUCAGGAGAGCCAGAACAUGACACCAGAGGAAAAGACUGUUAUCAGGGACCAGAUUGUAGAGAUGUUUGAUCAUGCUUACGGCAGUUACAUGAAAUAUGCCUACCCAGCAGAUGAGCUGAUGCCUCUAAGCUGCAGGGGGAGAGUCCGGGGCCUGGAGCCCAACAGAGGCGACAUAGAUGACUCCUUGGGCAAGUUUUCACUCACACUGAUUGACACUCUUGAUACCCUGGUGGUUUUGAACAAGCUUGAUGACUUUGAAGAUGCAGUGAGGAAGACUGUGAGGGAGGUGCGCCUGGACAAUGAUGUGGUUGUAUCUGUGUUUGAAACCAACAUCAGAGUCUUGGGAGGCCUUUUGGGUGCCCAUGUGAUGGCUGACCACCUCCGUCAGCGUGGAGAGAGGAUGCAGUGGUAUGAAGAUGAGCUCCUACACAUGGCCAAGGAGCUGGGCCAUCGAUUACUGCCUGCCUUUAACACCACAAGUGGCCUUCCUUACCCCAGGGUGAACUUGCGGUAUGGAGUCCUGAAUCCCCUCUCACGCACAGGCACUGAAUCGGACACCUGUACAGCCUGUGCAGGGACCAUGAUCCUGGAGUUUGCUGCCCUCAGCAGACUAUCUGGAGAAGCUGUGUUUGAGGAACAUGCAAGGAAGGCCCUGGAUGUCCUGUGGGAGAAAAGACAGAGAGGAAGCGACUUGGUGGGGACAGUCAUCAAUAUCCACAAUGGAGAUUGGGUCCGGAGGGACAGUGGAGUUGGUGCUGGUAUCGACUCAUACUACGAGUAUCUGAUGAAGGCUUACAUUCUGCUCGGAGACAAUGUUUAUUUGGAGAGGUUCAACAUUCACUACAGUGCCAUUAUGAAGUACAUCAGUCAGCCUCCCCUGCUGCUCAACGUGCACAUGCACAACCCCACUGUGAGCGUGCGCAGCUGGAUGGACUCUCUCCUUGCCUUCUUUCCUGGCCUGCAGGUUUUGAGAGGAGAUCUGAAACCAGCCAUUGAGACCCAUGAGAUGCUCUACCAAGUCACUAAACAGCACAAGUUUCUGCCAGAGGCUUUCACUACAGAGUUUCGAGUACAUUGGGGCCAACACCCACUGAGGCCAGAGUUUGCAGAAAGCACCUACUACCUCUAUAAGGCCACAGGCGACCCCUACUACCUCAGGGUGGGACAGUCCAUCGUGGAGAAGCUCAAUGCCUAUGCCAGGGUGCCUUGUGGCUUUGCUGCAGUACAAGAUGUACGCACUGGGACACAUGAAGACAGGAUGGAUUCAUUCUUCCUGGCAGAGAUGUUUAAAUACCUAUACCUGCUGUUCUCUGAGAAGAGCCAACUGCCCUUUGAUAUCGAUGACUACAUCUUCACCACAGAGGCACACCUGCUCCCUGUCUCCCUGUCCACCACCCAGCCCCCCUGUCAGGGCAACAACACUGAGGCAGCUCCCAUCUCUCUAGAAGAGGACCUGUUCACGUACUCCUGCCCCAGCACCCAGACUUUGUUCCCCAACAACCCUUCCUUUGCCAAAACCAUCCGGGACAGCUACAAGUACCUCACUGGGGUUGGACGAGCCUUUCACCCAUUGCCUGUCAGGGAAAUUGAACUGCCACUCCAUGACAGUGGCAUGGAGCCAGUGGAGUUCUUGAAAAGCAUGGGCAUUUCUCUCACCCCACUAAAUGAGGCCAUGGCUGGAGAAACAGGAAGUCAGAAGGAACAUAAAGGAGUGUACCGGGUAAAACUUGUGGCAGAGGUAAGCCAAACGCCAGAGGAGGAAGAGGUGGUGCCACACAUUGUUCAGCUCAUAUCUCCCCCAUUUCUGGGUAGGACAGUCCUCACUGCUGGACCUGCCAAGUUUGGAAUGGACCUUACCAAGCAGGAGCAUGGGGUGAAGGGCAGCAUAGUGAAGGCAUCUCCCUACACAGCAUGUGGGCCCAUAGAUAAUGCAGCUGAGGUUAAAGGCCAUAUCGCCCUGGCACUGCGUGGUGACUGUAUGUUCGCUGGCAAGGCUCGUAGGCUACAGGAAGCUGGAGCCAUUGGAGUCAUCUUCAUAGACCACCGCGAGGGGAGCAACAGUGAAGAGACGCCGCUGUUUCAGAUGGUUGGAGACGGCGACUCCACCACAGACAUCAGCCUGCCUUUGGUUUUCCUUUUCAGCCGUGAGGGUGCUGUGCUCACAGCUGCUCUGGAGGAACAUCACAAUGUAGAUGUGCUGCUGCUGCCCAAGGAGAGGCAGCUGGGACAUGAUAAGCCAGAGAAACCUCUUGCGAUGAAUAUCAAGUUCCGUUUAGCAGAGGACGGGGAGCUGGAGGAAGGGGCAGCUCGAGGGCCCACGCUGGAGUUUGUCCUGGAGAAAGGAGAGGUGCUCGUUGAGGAAGAGGAAGAGGAAGAAGAGCUCAGAGGAGAGCAGCAGUCACAGCAGCAGUACUGCACGAAGGCAUCAGAGAAUGAGAGCACUGAGCCAUGCUCAGCAGCUGUGCUUUCUCCCCUAGAUUCAUCUCAGAGCCCCAACUCUAACAGUGGACCAGACACAAAUCCUUGACCUUUGCUGAUCCCAAAGCAGCCAGGUUCCUGUGAUCCGCUCACACUGACAAUAAGGCAGCAGCCUCCUAAUACUGGCCCUGUGUCAGUGUCUCAAUGGCAUGUGCCUCAGAGCCCCCACUGCCCCAGAUGGAGCCAUAAUGGACCCUGCCUGCAUGUUAACAACAGAUGAAGGCGAGUCCAGCAGUGUGGAAGAUCCAUGCAGUCUCAAACCUCAAGAUGGCUCUGUAGCUAGAAGGCUGAAGCUUGUAUUGGAACUCUUUUUCCUGCAUGGUGCAGGUCUCUCUUGAAAUGAGGGUUUUUAUCUCAUGUUUGAACAGGUUAAUUAAAGGCUAAAAAACACAAAAGGAUGGAGUGUAGGUUAAGCUGCAUGGGCUAGUGCUGCCUAAACCUAGCUUAAUGUUGCUACUGUAGGCACAUACAGUUUUUGGUGGUGAUAUUGAAAUAGAUUAAUAAAUAGAACUUUAACGUUGCCUCACCUUAGGGGAGAGCAGUUGAAAAAGCAACAGAAACACACUCAGUUACUUUUUUAUGCAAUGCAGUUUUGUUUAUAGUCUAGAUUGCACCUUUCAACUGUUGGAGGCAUAGAAAUAAAAUAAUAGAAGAUUGGUAGGUGCCUAGUAUGGUGUUCCCUCAACUGUGUAAUGUGGAUGUAAUUUGCUCCAUUUCAGAAAGAAAUGUUAAUAUCUAGUGAUGGUGAAUGGGAUCUUACCUGGCCUGUUUGUUUGCAUUGGUUACCAUAACUUCUCAGUAAUAUAAUGCCAAUAGAUGAAGGGUAUAUUGGGGCCAAUUUGGAAACCAGUUUUGUUUAUCUUGUACUGGUAGGCUACUUCAGGGAAUUUCAACAGUGAACGCAGUUUGGCGCAGGUUAAACUUUGUGUUGCUGUGUGUGUGUAUGGUUGUGUGUGCGCCUUUAUACUAAUUUGUGUUUUGGGUUGCGUGCUGUGUAUGCAUGUGAUUACUACAACACACAAGACCAUGCCUGACCUAAUACAUCACUGCUGCCAGAUGAAAACCAUCUGUGCUCACAAAAUCACCUUUCUAGGAAUUAGGUUUUUGAAAAUCAAUUAUGGCUUUUAAAUGAGUUCCAUUGUCCAGAAGGUGUCAAUGCUUGAUCAGCCUAUAAACAACCAUGUAGUCUCAGUCCUCUUAAAACAUUUCAUGAAUUACCAAAGCAGGUUGUCUUGCAACUCCAGUUACAUGUACGGCUACAUGUGGUAUUUGCACCAGUUGGCUGUGGAAGCAGCGUCACAGGUCCAAGUGUUGGUUUCCAGUCCCAGAAUGCUAUGCACUUUGGAACACACAUACUGUAUGUUCCUCUGUGGCCAAUCCUGACAGGGAUGACCACAGUCUGCUUGAGUGUGUGUGUGUGUGUGUGUGCUUGAGAGAGAGACAGAGAGAGAGAGUGAGAGAGAUGUCAUCAGUAAUUGUAAAGUGUCACAAAUAUCCUAUUUACAUAACACGAUAUUGAGACAUUUAUUUAAGUUAAAAUGUACUAUAAGAAAAAAACCCUGUUGGAUCAAAUCAUGAAAAAGUCCAAUUUGAAUCAAAUUUUUAACAUGAUUUGAAAGGAAAAUCGAGUAGGGUUGUUACAGUACAGCUUAAGAUUUUUAAACCAAUCAAAAGGAAUGUUAACUGUUAAAGUGGAUCCUGUAAGAUUGGCUCUAAAAUGUGAUUGAUAUCAAUUCUACUAUGAAAUCUUGGAGCCAGUGUUGGUGGAUCUCUUGUCAAGGCUCUGUCAUUAACUUCCGUCUCUUUCUCAUGCACACACACACACACACACACACACACACACACACACUCGCUCUUCACAAACUAAGACUCAUUUCAUGGGCAUUAUUAUGUGUAACAACAAUAUGCAACAAUUCAGAAAGACGUACAGCUUCUUUACAUGCAGUCAGUUUGGUAUUUUUUUUUAUGUUAUUUUGUCAUUUUCCUUUAAUCUCACUAAUAUGAAAUUUUGUUGCAUUUUUUUCUACAUGGGAAUGUGAGUUGAUGUUUGUAUAGGAAAAAAUUGGGUUAUGGUGCCAGAGUAUAUUUUAUUUUCUUUCAUGUUUGUGCAGUCAACCUCUUUUUUUUAUGCUGCUGAGAUCAUUUCAAGUCUUAAUCCAACAUGACAUGUCUGUUUUAUUUUUGUGCGUGUAUAAGGCAUUGCCAACCUGUAUACCUCAAGACUGUGUGCAUGGUCAUAAGACCAUUAUUAUGAACACAGUAGAAAGGACCAUGGACAAGAAGAAAAUGUUUUUUUUUUUUUGUUUUUUUUUUUAUUUAUUUCUGUUUUGUUGUAUUUAUUAUGGUCAGUUAUAAUAGAAGGUUUCUGUUGAUGAGUAGUUGAAGCUCAAAAAGUGCCAAAGGGAUGCAUGACAUGGUCCUGUUUUUCUUUCACAUUUUCCUGUACUGUGUGAGAAGUGUUUAUUUGCUGACUGUGAGCUGAGGCAAACUCAUCAAUAAAUCUAAAGUCAUAACUUCA